CGCGGUGCCGCGCGCUUCCCGGGGCAGUGCCGUGAUGGACAAGGCUGGAGAGACGCCCGCGGACCAGGGCGGGGAGCCGGGGGAGUCCGAGGAGACGACCGCUGCUCCCGGGAGCGCGGCGGGGGCCGACGCGAAGGAUAUCCUGGAGGAAGCGGGCGGAGACUGCGAGGCCGACCUGAAAGAAGCUGCGGCGGAGGAAGGCGAGCUCAAGAGUCAGGAUGUCUCAGAUUUAACAGCAGUUGAAAGGGAAGACUCAUUACUUACUCCUGCAGCCAAAAAGCUGAAAAUAGACACCAAAGAAAAGAAAGAGAAGAAGCAGAAAGUAGACGAAGAUGAGAUUCAGAAGAUGCAAAUCCUGGUGUCGUCUUUUUCUGAGGAGCAGCUGAACCGUUAUGAAAUGUAUCGCCGGUCGGCCUUCCCCAAAGCCGCCAUUAAAAGGCUGGUCCAGUCCAUCACUGGCACCUCUGUGUCGCAGAACGUCGUUAUUGCCAUGUCGGGUAUUUCCAAGGUCUUCGUGGGAGAAGUGGUAGAAGAAGCCCUGGACGUGUGUGAGAAGUGGGGAGAAGUGCCACCGCUGCAGCCCAAGCACAUGAGGGAGGCUGUUCGGAGGUUGAAAUCCAAGGGGCAAAUCCCAAACUCAAAGCACAAGAAAAUCAUCUUCUUCUAGAAAGCCAGAGAGAAUAUUCUGUUCUAAACUUCUCAGGCAAGGCUGCACUGCUGCUUUACUGCCAUCCUGCUUGUCACACCUAGAAGGCAGGCAGCCUAUCUGGAUCACCCUCAUGCAGCUGGAAUGUCCUCGGGCUAGUUGGAAGAAGGGUCUGGGGCCUUCAGCAGCUCCCAGAGGGAGGUGCUUUCAAAGAGACCGAGUAGAAGGCUGAUGGCUCACAUUGGAACCUGAAAUGCUGGACUUGAGUUCUUCCCUCUGCUUGAAGAAACCACCCAGAACUUUGACUUGUGCUGCUCUACAUGAAGAUACAUGAAGAUAGCAGUGGAAUGAUUUGUGCUUGUGAACAUUGAAGAUUCUCUGGAUUUUGGUGAGUGACAUUAAACUUUUCCAACGUGUA